CGUGUGUGUGUGUGUGUGUAUGUGUGUGUGUGUGUGUGUGCGCGCGUAAAACACUGGGACCAAUGAGUGUAUCCAGUAAAAAGCUCCGCUUGCCUGUGAUGAUGGUGAGGACCCCAUUCUCACAUGAGUAAGCGCGCCUCCGCAAAAAGAGAAGAAGGAGGGCUGCAUUCUCAUUGACUGAGAGAGAGAGAGAGAGAGAGAGAGAGAGAGAGAGAGAGAGAGAGAGAGAGAGAGAGAGAGAGAGAGAGAGAGAGAGAGAGCAGCACGGACUCCGCCUAUACCGCCCCAACAUCCAGCUCCAGUCCGACGUCGGCGUAGGCUCCACAGACCAGCAGACUGAUCCCCUUUAGCUCGACUCAACUCCCGGCGUGAAAAGCGGAAAUGGGCUCCUCGUGAACCCGGCGGUGGAGGGGAGAGGCGGGCAGCCGGGGGUGGGGGGGAACGACGACGAGAGAGUGGUGGGAGAAAUACCCGGGGAGGACAAACAAAAGCACAACCGAGGGUGCCUACAACCAUGAGCGGCUUGCACUAUUUGCCGGAGCUGCGGCUACUGCUACCGCUGCCGAUGUGCACGCGGACCAGGUCGUGAGGUGUGGCUCGGAAACGUUCCGGGGAACCUGUCAGCCGAAACGACUCGCCGAAGAGGUGGUGGGGUGGUGGUGGAGAAGAUGUCCGCCUCAGUGGGGCCCCAGGGUGGCCCUCGCCCACCCACCGCGCCGCCAUCCAUGCCGGAUCUGCCGGACCUGAGCCAUCUCACCGAAGAGGAGAGGAAGAUCAUCAUGGGUGUGAUGGCUCGGCAAAAGGAGGAAGAGGAUAAAGAACAAGCCAUGCUAAAAACGCUGCACCAGCAGUUUGAGAGCUACAAACAGGAGGUGCGUCGCAUUGGGGCGGACACACGGCGUCAGCAGACCCAGCAGAAGGAUGACGCGCCCACCUGCGGUAUCUGCCGCAAGACCAAGUUUGCAGAUGGCUGCGGCCACCUCUGCUCCUACUGCCAGACCAAAUUCUGCGCUCGCUGUGGAGGGCGGGUCUCUCUGCGCUCCAACAAUGUGAUGUGGGUAUGCAACCUGUGCCGUAAACAGCAGGAGAUUCUCACCAAAUCAGGAGAAUGGUUUUCGGGGUCUGGGGUGCGGCAUGGGAGCCUGGGCACCUCCUUGAACAACCUAGCCCCUGGAGGUGAGGCUCAACGGGAUAGGAAGCUACUCCGCUCCAGAUCCCAAGCCCCUCCCUCUGGCAUCACUGGGCCGCUGGACGGGGCACAGCCCCCCACCGGUGUUACAGCUGCCAAGGGUGCUGACAACAUGCCUGGGACACGCUCCCAAAGUGAGCCACCUAAAGAAAAGAAACGGCCAGUUUCCCUCCACGAACAAAAUGGUAAAGGAGGAAUGGGACGUGGAAGUGGCCGCAGAGCUGCUGGAAAGUUGCCAUCUCAGUCGUCCCUGGAUGAUCGAGUGAUGUCUGGGGACCGGGGAGAGAGACGGUUGGGAGAAGGACGGAGGCUGGAGAAGAUCCAUUCUCAGGACUAUGAGGAUGGGCAGGAGAACUAUGGUCUUUCAGAAACCCAUCGGAGACGUCCGGAGGAUGAAGAGCAGAGGGAGCGCCAGCGUCGUGAAGAGGAGUUUCAGAAUCGUUACCGUAGUGACCCCAACCUGGCACGAUAUCCAGUGAAACCACAAAAGGAGGAGCAGGAGAUGCGCAUGCAUGCUAAGGUGUCCAAGGUCCGCCAUGAAAGACGACAUAGCGAUCUUGCUAUCAAUGAGGUCGGACUUGGACCUGAAGGAGGCGGAGGUAGUGCAGGUGAGGUGCCUGAAAACCGCCUGGCAAGGAGGGGUGGAGGUGGAGAGGGAAAUCGCAAUGCUGGCUUUGAGAACCACCGAGCCUUCUCUGUGGAAAGGACCGUGGGGGUUGGAGGGGGAGCUCCACCUGCAGGAGGUGGAGUGAGAUCAGGACCUCAAUCUGGGGGACCGGUGCCUCCAGAUUGGGGUCCAAACAAAGGUCGCCUAGAGCCCAGCACUAUACGGACACCAAAGGACAAGGGUGGGGAUAACCUGCUGAGGAAGGACUCUCAGAGCUCGGACCAGUCUGAGUCUUUGCGGCCGCCCCCUCCACGGACGUACAAGAGCAAGCGCGGAGUCAAUAAGAGGCAGAUGUCCAUCAGCAGCUCAGAGGAGGAGGGCGGCUCCACGCCCGAGUACACCAGCUGUGAGGACGUGGACAUGGAAAGCGUCAGUGAGAAAGGUGACUGGGACUGUCAUUCUCUAGAUCCUACAGUGUGGCAUCAUCCAGUUACGUGGCAGCCAUCCAAAGAGGGUGAUCACCUAAUUGGAAGAAUCACACUUAGCAAGAGAUCGGCCAUGCCCCGGGAGGCUGGCUCCCUCCUUGGCCUAAAAGUGGUUGGAGGGAAGAUGACAGAGACAGGGAGACUUGGAGCCUUCAUCACCAAAGUUAAGAAAGGCAGCCUGGCGGAUGUCGUGGGACACCUACGAGCAGGGGACGAAGUGCUGCAGUGGAAUGGGAAGUCGUUACCUGGAUUAACAAAGAAAGAAGUGUACAACAUUAUCCUUGAAUCCAAGGCUGAACCUCAAGUGGAAAUAGUUGUUUCAAGACCUAUAGGGGACAUCCCGAGAAUCCCAGAGUCAUCCCACCCUCCACUAGAAUCUACUGGCUCCAGUUCCUUUGAGUCGCAAAAAAUGGAUCGUCCCUCUAUAUCAGUGAUGUCCCCUACCAGUCCUGGGACCCUUCGAGACCUCCCCAUGGUACUGCCUGGACAGCUCUCUGUGAAACUGUGGUACGACAAAGUGGGCCAUCAGUUGAUCGUCAACGUCCUUCAAGCCAUAGACCUGCCAACCCGACGAGAUGGACGACCUCGCAACCCCUAUGUCAAGAUGUACUUCCUUCCUGAUAGAAGUGAUAAGAGUAAACGGCGCACUAAAACAGUGAAGAAGAGUGCUGAGCCCAAGUGGAACCAGACCUUCUUAUAUUCCCAUGUUCACCGGAGAGACUUCAGAGAACGAAUGCUGGAGAUCACAGUUUGGGACCAGCCCAGAGUCCAGGAGGAGGAGAGUGAAUUCAUGGGAGAGAUUCUUAUCGAGUUGGAAACAGCCUUGUUGGACGAUAUUCCUCACUGGUAUAAACUCCAGACUCAUGACGUGUCCUCUAUACCUCUGCCCCAGCCCUCCCCAUACCUCCCACGCAGACAUGUCCAUGGAGAAAGCCCGAGCAAGAAACUACAGAAUGCAGAGCGUAACUCCAGGGAAAGAGAGCGGGGCAGUACCUUGGCUGUUCCUGAGCAGCAGCGGCCCAUCCAGCACCGCUCCCGCUCGGUGUCGCCUCACAGAGAGGACUCCUGCAGGGCUCGCUCACGGCCAGCACACGUGCCCAUGCAAAGGAGUCUUGAUGAGAUCCACCAGAACCGCCACCACUCCCACUCGCCUUCCCCCUCCCGUUACCACGACUCCCAUCUGGAGCACCAACGCUCUGGUGACUCGGACUACGAGUACUCUGAGGACAGUGAGGUCCUGGAGAUGCACAGGUCUAUCCGAGGCGGGAGUGCCGAGUGCCUGCAUACAAACAGUGACCUGCAGCCGUCGUUGGACAGAGUGAGGAGUGCCAGCACCACCUGUCUCAGACCAGACACCAACUUUCACCCCUCUGACAGAGACAGGUGCUCCAUCUCUUUGCCCCACAAGACUCCCCCCAGUCCCAGGAUCUUAGUUGAACAUGUGGCCCCUGAGGAAGACAGGCAGUGUAGCAAUUCAUCAAGCCCAAACUGUCAUAGGAGCAGCAGAAAAAGCCUGGAGGGAGACAGUCGUAUCCAGCCCACCUCUAUCCUGAGGGGCAGUAGGGGGAGAGGGGGCCCUCUUAGGCCCUUUGGGCAGACAGCUCUGGCCGGGUCCUGCCCAAACUCACCACGGCUAGACAGAGGACAUCCUCAUGGCAGCCCCUCUCCAACGGGGACGCCUUCAUCAGGUCGCAGGGGCAGACAGCUGCCUCAGCUCCCUGCAAAAAGCAGCAGCAUAGAGCAAGCUCUUGCAGUAGAGGAGCGAGCCCGACAGCUGAACGUACAUUCCAACCGGCCUUCAGCCUCCCACGACCCUGAGACGGACCUCAAGACCAAACGGGAGAUGUACGCAGAGCAGCGGCGUAGCAGUGACAACAUGUCAGCCAGAUCGUCAGACAGUGAUAGGAGCGAUAUGUCUGCCCUCUCCCGUGCCAGCAGUGCCUCCCGCCUCAGUAGCAGCAGCUACAUGUCUAUCCAAUCAGAACGACCAGGGGGAAGACUAAGAUCCAAGUCCUUAGAGGAGGAGAAGAAAGACAGGAGGAUCUCUUGGGGGGUGAAUGGAGAGGAGGAAAGGAGGAGGGCGGCGGGAAAGAGACGUUUCUCUGCGGAGUUGAAGCGCAGGAGACACACUGUAGCUGGAGACACGAGGGACUCCAGUCGACAUUUGCGAUCAGUGGGCCGCAGCAUGCUGAAGAGCUCCAGUGUGAGCGGUGAGAUCUACACACAGGAGCGUACAGACGGAAGCCAAUCAGACACAGCUCUGGGAACAGUGGGCGGUGGCGGCAAGAAGAGACGCUCUAGCCUUAGCGCAAGGGUGGUGGCUAUUGUUGGCAACCGUCGCAGCCGCAGCACCUCACAGAUCAGCGGCCCAGAGGGGAAGAGUAAGAAGGAGAAAGGAGCUCCCAUCCAGAGGAGCACAGAGACUGGCAUGGCAGUGGAGCUGACCCGCAACAUUAGCCGGCAGCCCAGCAGAGAGUCGAACAAUGGCAGCAUGAACAGCUGCAACUCUGAGGGAAAUUUGAUCUUCUCAGGAGUAAAUCUGGGUGCCAGCAGUCAGUUCAGUGACUUCUUGGACGGCCUUGGACCAGCUCAGUUAGUGGGAAGACAAACGCUGGCGACUCCUGCUAUAGGUGACAUCCAGAUUGGUAUGAUGGAGAAGAAGGGUCAGCUUGAGGUGGAAGUCAUCAGGGCUCGAGGACUCGUACAGAAGCCAGGAUCCAAAUCCCUCCCUGCUCCAUAUGUUAAGGUCUACCUGCUGAAUAAUGGAGCAUAUGUAGCCAAAAAGAAAACCAAGAUUGCACGUAAAACACUUGACCCACUGUACCAGCAAGCACUGCUCUUCGAGGAAAGUCCACAGGGUAAAGUCUUACAGGUGAUUGUAUGGGGGGAUUAUGGCCGUAUGGACCAUAAAAGCUUCAUGGGGGUUGCACAAAUCCUAUUGGAGGAACUGGACUUAUCAAGCACAGUCAUUGGUUGGUACAAAUUAUUUCCACCUUCGUCCUUGGUGGAUCCGACACUUGCCUCCCUGACAAGGCGGGCUUCCCAGUCAUCACUUGAUAGCUCCUCGGGACCUCCAGGAGUUCGAUCCUAGUGGACCAACUGCUUUACGCCACUCGACAAGUUAAACUAACAAUGAAAUGUACUCUAGAGAGAAACAAACACACAAAAAAAGAUGGCGGAGUUGUAGAACAACAAUCAGAAACAGUCACAAUGAGAAAGCUUUGUUGAGAUCUGACAAUCACUUCUGUCGUGGUUAAUUUUGUCUGUUGUAGAGCGCGCCAUAUUUCAGUGUUUCAUAUCCUUUCAAAGAAAAGUCAUAGUUUUUCUCUGUGUACACUAAACAAGCAGAGCUGGUGAGCAGGAGACAAAAAAGUGUCGGAGAAUCAAACAAAGCAGGGUGGUUUUUCACUAAAUCAACAAUAGCAAAGAAUUGUAUGUAAGCAUCGGAAUGUAUGGACUCAAGUCAGAGGUUAUCACCCUCCACACUCGCAGAGGGCGCUGUCCUCUUUGCAGUGGCCUCCUCAAGAACCCAACAGACUGCCGGCACUCCUGCCCCCAGGCAGGGUGUUCCCAAGUGGGGAUUUAGUCUGGAAGCACAGGGCCUUCUUCUGGUGCCUAGACCUUGGAGCCGCAUUACUGGUCCCUCUCUGUCAAAAAAAUCCUCUUUUCAAUAUGUUUACCAUGGCUGCUCGAAGCCUCACUGUUUUAGCGUGUUUGCUUUGUCGUUCAUUUUCUUUCCCUUUGUUACUACUGGCACAAAAUGUUUUUAGAGUGCGUAAAAUGCUCAUGAUAAUGUUGUCAGUCUGGUGUGUGCAUGGAGAGAAAAAAACAAAACAUGAGAUAAAAAAGGAUAUAAAUCUAUUAAAUGUCUGCAAGUGUUAUG